AUAGACAAAUCAAGGGACCCAGAUUCGCCUGUCCUAUCUGAUGUCUCACAGCCACCUCCUUUAAUUCAUUUUAGGACGCAGACAUUCUGACGAAGAAUCCAACACAGAAAAAAGCCCUUCUAUUUUCCUCAGUCUUUCUUUUCUUUUCUCUCUCUUUGUGUUUUUUAACCGUUUUCAACAGCAAUAGGUAACUGCCAGCCCAAACAAACAUGUCGUCGCACCACCUCUCAGAACCAGACUCCACCACCGAUUCGCUAGCGUCCUCCCCAAGCUCAGAACACCAUGCUCCUCAUGAUUCCCAUGCACGUGUACGGAUCAUGUGCAGUUUCGGUGGCAAUAUCCUCCCCCGUCCGCAUGAUAAUCAGCUUCGUUACGUCGGCGGUGAUACACGCAUCGUAGCCGUCCAUCGCUCCACCUCCUUCUCGGCGUUCCUUACCAAACUAUCCAGACUCUCAGGAAUUGGCAACGUGAGUGUUAAGUAUCAGCUUCCUAAUGAGGAUCUUGACGCUCUGAUUUCAGUGACAACCGACGAAGAUCUCGAGAACAUGAUUGAAGAAUACGAUCGCUUAGCACAGAAUCAGAACCCAAGGUUAGCUCGGCUGCGGCUUUUUCUUUUCUCCAAAGGCGAUGACUCACGAACCAGUAGCAUCAGCUCGCUUUUAGACGGCUCGGUUAAUCGUGAACACUGGUUCUUCGACGCGCUUAACGGUGGGCCCAACGCUUCUGGGCUCGAACGUGGCCGUUCCGAGGCUUCCUCGAUUGUGUCUGAAGUGCCGGAUUAUUUAUUUGGGUUGGAAAAUUCCGAUGAGGCCCAACCUCGUGACCUGAAAUCCAAGACACGUCAGCUGGUGCAUGAGAAUGUCUCGGUUUCGGACCCGGGUUCUCCUGCCCCGGUUGUUUCAUCUUCUCCCUUUUGUUCCACGUCAUCAGCUCCUAUUGUACCUUCUAUGCCGGAUCUUCCACCAGUAAAAACUAAACCCGAUAACCCUGAACCGGUUUUGGAGUCAAAUCAGAGUCAAACAGAGAGUUUUGUGGAGCAACCUGUUUCGCAGCCAACUGGUUAUUCGGGCAGUCCUAUGUGGCAUUAUGUUGCGGAUUCUCAUUACUCUGCUCCUCCCGUACCGCAAAUACCAGUUUAUUAUGUUCCGGGUCAUGUUCAACCCGGAAACCGUCAGGUCCAACCACUUCAAAUUCGGGCACAGUAUGUCCAGCAGUACCCAAUAUCAGCGGGUCAAAUGCCCGUUGGGUAUCCUCAGCCGGUUCCUGGUGUAGGUCAAGUAUACAGGCCGGUUGCUCCCGUGGAUCCUUAUGACCCAGCUUUAAGAAUGGCUCCUGACGGGGUGAAACAACAAGUAUAUUAUGGAGUUAGAAAUGCGGGUCCGGUUCCAGUUUACCCUGGAAUGGUGGUCCCGGGUGGGGAGGAAAUGGGUAGAAGUGGUUCGGAUACGACACCAGGCAGGAUCUCCCAAUCAGGACAGUAAGUGUUGGGCACUUACAUAGCAAUAAUGGCAUGGUAAUUAUGUUUAUCCUUCUUUACUAUGGUUUGUUUUGAUGUUGAAGAGUGAUGAUUACUGGAUUGUCAUUACCUGUUUUUGGCUUGAAACUGUGACUGGGGUUUUGAAUCAAAGUGUAUAGAAAAACACAAAGUGUGCUUAAAUUAUAUAUGUUUUUAUUGUUUUCUUAAUUUGUACAAUGCUGUUCAUCUACUUGAGAAUCCACAAGACCAAAGAUAUAUACUGA